UUUAAGUCGUAUUAUGUUUUUUUUUGUAUUGACUUUGAUUAGAAAGUUCAAUAUUAAUGGAUUGAAGAAAAUCCCCAUUUUCUUCGCUUGAAGAAAUGUUCUAGGUACCCAUGCGAAAUAGCUGUGGGUAAUCUAGUAAAAUGGAAGUUGCCAUCUGCACAAACAAUGUUGAAGAAGAUAGUAUAACAAAAGCAAAAACACAAAAUAUUAGCGACAUGACCUCGAGCACUACAUCAAUGACUUCUAGUCUAUCAUCCCCUGUUGAUUCGGGUGUUCAACUUCUAGAUAGUGAGAGUGAAGGUACAUCAGUUAUGUCAGCCAGUGGAACUGGCUGCGAGAUGGAAUCCAUUCUUGUUUCAUAUAACGAAAGCUCAAAAAAAAAUGCCCGGAUAGAGCAGAAUGAUCCUAAAAGACUAACAGUUAUAGAUUUAACAGAAACUAAUAAUCAGACAGAAUGUACCCUGAAUAAUACUCACUAUGGUAAUAAUGAACAUAAUGAAAUAGAGACUAAUGAAUUGAAAUGUCAAAUGGAUUUAUUUGAGAAAGAAUUUGGAAUAGCAAGUAUCAAAGAGUACUUCAUGUGCAAUAAAGAAAAUAUUGAAAAUGGAUCCACGUUAGAUUUAUUCAGUGAAAAUCUGAGUUAUAAAGAUAAAUUAGAAUUGUACACAAAGCAGAAUACUAUUGUUGGCUCUAACUCGUCCCCCUGUUUGAGGAAUAGUACAUUGCUUGAUUUUGGAGCUCGGGGGGGUUUAAAUAAAAGUUUGAGUGAUGAUGUUUUUGAAAUGGAGCAUCCUAUACAAGGUAAACUUGAGCCUACUACAACAGAAGCAGAUUUGAUGAAUGUCUCUUUAACCAGCUAUGAAUUAUUAGAUUAUACGUCCCAAAAUUUAGUAUUACCCGCACUGCAAGAUUCAAUGAAUGUUAGUGUGUCAGAAGAAGUCAAUGAAAACCUAUGUACACAGUUAAAAACUAAUAUUAAACAAGUUGAAGAAAAUAUUGAAGAGGUCCCAGUAAUUGAACCUGAACCUAAGGCAGCAGAUGAACAAAUUGUUUAUCGCAGGCAAAGAAAGAAGAAAUCAAAGUCAGACACCCCAAAGAAAAGGGUAUCGUUUCAUGAAGAUAUAUUAAACAGUACGAAAAUUGACGAUAUUCAUAUUAAUCAUGGUUUCAUAACACAUGAACCAGAUGUCUCCUUUAGUUUCUUCCAAAGGGGAUUCAUACGAAAACCAGAUGUGGUAAAAGGACGUUAUAGUUGGGCAGCAGAAGGUGAUGCGCCCUAUUAUGAAAAGCAAGUAUCGAAUAGAAAAACUAACUCAGACAUGUAUAUACAGAAUCAAAAAUACUCAUCAACAUCUUCAAGCUCUACUGGAAGUAUCUCGAGUUCUAUAGAUGAAGAAGAUUCAUCUGAUGAGAAUGUACCGAAAAAGAAUCCACCACUCUCUCAACCUAAGUCAAGCUGUUUGAAGAAGACAUCUAAAAAGAGAACUAUAGAUACCAAGAUUGUUCAUGAAGAAAUCAACAUCCCAAGGCAAAAGUCUGAAAAUAACUUAUUGGAUUCUAAUAUUUUUGGAAGUUUGAAGAACAUUCUUACAUUUUCUACAUCUGUUCCUCUUGCUGAAAGAGGGGUUCCUGAAGGACAAGAGGAUAUACCUAUUUAUUCCUCCGGCAAUGAGAAAUCCAGUAGGAGACGCUCUUGCACAAAUUUCUCAUUUUUGGAGACAGAUGGGAUGGUCAUUGAGGAAGAACCAGUGAAAAGGCGAGGAAAUCUUAACCUAGAAGUUGCCAAGAGCAAUUUCAGAUUGUCUAGAAGUGAAGGAUUCUAUCCAAACUACCCGGUGGAACAACAAUUACCACCCAACAUAAUUUUGUGUGACAGCAAUGUUUAUGAACACAAAGGCAUAAGUUAUUCUUAUGAAUAUGACAACUUCCAGAAGACAUUUGAACAGCAGAAUAAACCAAAGAGCUCUACUUUAUAUCAGUUCAUAAUGAAAGAAUUCAAUUUCUUCAGAAAUAAAAGUAAAGAAGAACCAGAAAAAGAAGCAAGGGAAGAAGCAGCUGUACUUACAUCAACACCUUCGAAAAAUAAUGAGGAAGCAGCAGUUGAAACAAGUCCCACAGAUAGGAGCUCAAAAUCUCUCCUCAGCACUUAUGCCUCUUCUUCGAAACUUGACUGGUCCGAUAAUGACGCGACUCUUUCAGAGUUUUCUGAAGCCACCCAUUCCAGACAUCUGAACUCCCCAAAAAAAAGGAUCAACAGAAGCAAUCACUAUUCGACCCAGUCCUCUUUCAAAAUCACCUCGGAAUCCGAUUGCAAUCCUUUUUUAUCCAAGAACGAGACGGUUUCGAGGCCAUCGACUUCGAAAUCGUCGCUGAUCGACAGGUUUUUGAGAAACGUUACUUUGAAGAAAAUUUUGGAUGUGAAAUCGGCGAAGAGGCAUAAGAACGACAGGAAAUAUUUGAGCCUCUAUGUGAAAGGGGUUAAGGGGAAAUUCGGUUAUGACGAGGUUGAUAGGGAACUAGAGAAGGAGAUAAUAAAUGGGUUGAAGAAGAAGGAGGCCAAUGCGGUUGUUUAUGAUAAGAGGAUGAUAACCCAGCUGAAAAGAGAAGUGUUCAGAAGUCAGUUGGAAACUUUCAUUAGGUUAUUUAUGGUAAGAAGCGCUUACACACCAAAAGGAGACAGCAAACCUCUGCUGGCUAUUCUUACCAAUGCAGCAUUAUACAUAACGAGUUUAAUAUCAGGUGGACGAUAUCGGAACCAUUUCUUCUUACCAUAUACAGAUCUUAGUACUAUCUUGAUUGGGCCAAAUGGUCAGACGAUCCAUAUCUCAAAUUUCAAACAAGAUAUGCAGUGUAUGAUAACAACAGGAUGUAUGGAAGUGACUAAUGACUUCAUUAGCCAGUUGGGAAUGGCAAUGCGAAAAGAUAUAAAUAAACCAUGCUUGCCCGCAGUGAAGCAGCUAACUAUGCAUGAUAUGGUCAACUUGAGGAAAACCAUUUGCAAGCAGACUGCUGUCCAGAAGGAUGAAGAAUAUGUGUACUAUAGCAUUGUUGAUAUUCAGGAGUUAAGCGCAGAUAUUGAAGAUUCUACACCACACGGUCCAACAAAAGAAGGGCCUCUUAUGUUCAGAACUAAAGAAUCGAAUCCAAGAUGGGAGACUGCAUAUUUCAUUUUGAAAGCUGGAGUUUUGUAUAUGUUAUCAUCGGCAUCUAAUAGAGUUCCUAUGAUGGUAUAUCCACUCAUCAAUGGUGCCUGUCAGGGGGCUCGACGUUUGCCGAACUCCCCAAGACCCCACACUUUUCAGAUUAUUGUUAACGGUAAAAAUCUCCAACUAGCUGCACCUGAUGAAUAUGUGGCCAGUGAAUGGUUACAAGCACUCAUACAUGCUGCUAAUGGGACCCACUUCAAGGAUAAGCUCAUUACGCAGUCUUGCUCUCUAUUAAUGACCACCGAACACAUUCUGACAGUAAGAGAGGCAUUUCCUUGUACUCUACAAACACUGUUCCUCGAUGAACUUGAACAAGAACUGAUGAAUGGGACGCAGGCGUUAUCUUGCGCCUCGAUCUUGGAUCUCGUGUCGUUUCGUUUACCUUCAGCUGAACAGAGCUGGUGUAUUCUCGAAUUUGCCUGCAGGGAAGUGUACGAAUGUGGGGGCGAUUGGAUUUUGUAUUUCGCCUCGAAUGCCGAGUUGGAAAACUUCAUCUCGACCUUGGAGGUGCUGUGGGAUUACAACAAUGAAAAGGGUGAAAGUUUUCCCUUGUCAACCAUACCAGAAACUGACCCUCUCAGCAAAAAAUGUAUAGAUGUAUACAUGUCCCUUAGAAAUUCUUGGUCAUCAAACACUGUCCAUCUACAGUUCUUGUGAAAAUAAAUUCUGAAACAUGGUCCGAUAUUGGAGAGGUAUUUGAAUUAAUCAGAGCAUAUUGAUAUGUAUGCUCAACGUUCUUGUUCUCCUUAUUAUUCGUUAGAAAACUACUCAUACAACAUUAUAUUCAACGUAUAGUCCGAUAAGAUCAAUAUAAUAUACUUAUUCCUUAUAAUUUCAAACUUCUGUAAUUGUAAGUUUGUAUUUAUGAAUUUUUGUUUGGUUCAAGAUGACAAACUUUCGAGCUGAAAUUUUUGGAAAAAAUUAAUAAGAAAUUUUUAUGGCUAAAUUAUGGACUUGUAAAUUUUUGUUGCUGCAAUGGCCAACUUGGCUCUUUUUUUUUCAAAGUAGAUAUCUUGGAUUAUAAAGGAUUAAACUUCGAAUAAUUGUAUAAGAUAAACUCAGAAAGAUGUGAUAUAAGCACAAAAUUGUUAUCACCUUCAUGCAGAACAGCAAUAUUUAGUAUAUUAUUUUGAAGCGUAAAAGGAAAGGUUGGAAAAAAAAAUUGAGGAGUAUUAAUCGCUUUAAAAUUUGAAUUUUGUAAUGCUUGUUCAAAAUUUUGUGUAAAUAUGCUUUUAUUUAUUCUCUUGGAGCUUUAUUCUAUUUUUAAGGAUUCACUUAUAACUUCACUCAUUUUUCACACAUGAACAAAGGUUUUUCUCGAACUCAAUCUACUCUAUUUUAGAUUUUGAAAUCAAAUUUGUUUUAAGAGUAUAAAUUUUGUUUUAUCGUAUUUGAAACAGCUUUUGUUCAUGUUCCUUCAAGGUUAUAGAUUUUGUGUCUGAAUUCAAAAAUUAUUUAUUGGCUCCUUCAUUCCAAAAAUCGUUGAGAGAAGUACAUCCUUGAAAAAACAACUCAUUAAGAAAGUCUCAAAUGUUCUUGAAAUUUCUAGUCAUUGUUGAAUAUUAGAUAAAAAUAUGACUAUUGUGAUCAGUUAGAAAGUAGGUAUUGAGAUAUUUUAGAUCAGAAACGCUUCUAGUUAGUUCAGCACAACCAAUAAUAUUUGUAUAGGUAUCAACUUGAUAAAUGCUAAUAUAAAAUGAAAGACAUUCAAUUAACGAUUAAGGGAUUUUUUUGCCUUAAAGAAUUCAAGUUAUUUCUAUUUGCUUUUGAUGAGGACAAUGGAAUGUUUAAAUAAUAUUCAUAAUAGGAAGAAUAUCUUCAGCAAUGAUAUUAAAAAGUUAUUGCAAAUUGUUAAGAACUGUAGUGAAGGGAUAUUGAUUUCAAAUGUGUAGUAUGUGAUUUAUGUUUUACGUUAUCUGAUUAAUAUAUUAACCAAUUUGUUACAUAAUAUGCUUGUUAUUCUUUUGCAAUGUUGUAAUCUUAGUUUUAAGCUUAUUUAUUAUUUUUAUAUCGAUAUAUUUUUUAAUUGAUUAAUUUACUAGGUUAUUUGUCCUGUUUUUAUGGAAGGUAACACAUUGUAUUGUUUCCCAUGCAUAACCAGUGUAUUUAAUGUAUUUGUAACUACAAAGAAAUCCACAUAAACAGAGAUUUUGGAAAACAACCUUACAUUAGGCAUUCAAAAGUCAGUUGAUUGAUAAUAACAGGUGUCCGUUUUUUAAUUACAUCUUUUAGAACCUCGUGGAUUUUCGUGAGUUGAAACAAAUAUAUAACUCCGUAAUAUAUUUUGUUAUCCAAACAUAUAACUGUAUUUUACCCUCCAAUUACAUUGACAAUAUUA